CGUUUCAACAUGGACUUAGUAAAUUUUCUGCUCUCCGUUGCAGUCACCGCCUGCACAGUGAAAGUUUCUCAUCAAGGGCCAAACCAGCGCAGACUGUACAGUGACCUGAUGAAUGGCUACAACCCACUAGUGAGACCAGUCCAGAAUGACUCUCAGAGUCUCAUUGUUUCCUUCGGCCUCACCCUCAUGCAAAUAAUGGAUGUGGAUGAGAAGAACCAGGUUUUAACAACCAACAUUUGGCUACAGCUGUACUGGACUGACUAUUACCUCCAGUGGAAUCCAUUGGAUUAUCCAGGUGUGUCUAAUGUGAGAUUUCCUGACCAUCUCAUUUGGAAACCAGACAUUCUGCUGUAUAACAGUGCGGACGAAAGGUUCGAUGCUACGUUCCGUACCAACAUUUUGGUCAACUCCUCGGGCACCUGUUCCUACCUACCUCCAGGGAUUUUCAAGAGCACCUGCCACAUCGAUGUGCGUUGGUUCCCGUUUGAUGUCCAAAGAUGUGACCUGAAGUUUGGUUCCUGGACAUACGGGGGUUGGUCUCUGGACUUAAAGGUGAUGGAUGCAGAUAUCAGCAAUUACAUUGCCAACGGAGAGUGGGAUCUUGUUGAGGUUCCAGGACAAAGGAAUGAGCAUUUCUACGGCUGUUGUGAGGAACCGUACCCUGAUGUUACCUUCACCGUGGUGAUGCGCAGACGGACGCUCUACUAUGGCCUCAAUCUUCUCAUCCCAUGCGUCCUGAUCUCUACUCUGGCCCUUCUUGUCUUCCUCCUCCCUGCUGACUCUGGAGAGAAAAUCUCACUGGGUAUUACGGUCCUGCUCUCUCUGACUGUCUUUAUGCUGCUAGUUGCAGAGAUUAUGCCCGCCACAUCAGACUCUGUGCCUUUAAUAGCUGAAUAUUUUGCCACUACAAUGGUCAUUGUUGGUCUCUCAGUAAUUGCUACAGUUCUGGUCCUGCAAUAUCAUCACCACGACCCUGAUGGAGGCAAGAUGCCAAAAUGGACCCGUGUGAUCCUCCUGCAUUGGUGUGCCUGGUUCCUGCGUAUGAGGCGUCCGGGUGAGGAGCGAGUGCGUUCAGCCUGUCACAACAAGACUCGACGGAGCAGCCUGACCAGCAUAGACCUCAACAUGAGCACCUCAGCCUCCCAAUGUACCAACGGCAACAUGCUCUAUGUCGGCGUGCGUGGCCUGGAGAGCAUUCACUGCUCCACUGCUGCCACCUCGUCUGACUCCGGGGUCCUCUGCGGACGCCUGGUUGGACGGGCGGGCGAGGACGAGAUGCUCCUCCCAGCAGGUCAGGUCACCCCAGUUGGAAGCAUAGAAUUAGAGAUGGCCAAGAUCCUGGAUGAAGUGCGCUACAUCGCGAAAAGGUUCCGCGACCAAGACGAGGGUGAGUCCGUGUGCAACGAGUGGAAAUUCGCCGCCUCCGUUAUCGACAGGCUUUGUCUCAUGGCUUUCUCACUCUUCACUAUCCUCUGCACUAUUGGUAUCCUCAUGUCAGCACCCAACUUUGUAGAGGCAAUUUCCAAAGACUUUUUCACUUAGUUGUUGCCAGGAAAUAAAUGAUUCAUCAAAUAUAAAAGCCUACACCAAUCACUGUUCUCGCAAAGUAACCAUUUUCAAACACACGGGGUAGUCAUUUGGAUACACUUACCCAUACUUAAUCCAAAGUUAAAUGUAGAAUCUAUGUGAUACAUAAACAGCUGAAUAUAUGCAUCACAUUACAUUAUUGAAAACUAGCUUUUCUCUUUUCUAUCACACAGCCUGGCUUCACACCCUGAUCCUCUUGUACUGUAUGAUUCUCUAAACUGCAUAGCAUUGCUUCAGCGAUACAAUUUGCUAACCUGGCAAGAAUGCUGUUAUUAGUUAUGCUGUGUUACCUGUGUAUUACUGUGCAUUAUAAUGCUUCUGUAAUGUGUAAUGUGGUCCAUAUACAUAACGGCUACUGU